AUUUAAGGAAAGAAAAGUAUUGAAAUUAGGAUCAUCCAUCUACACAGUGGUUUUUUGCUACUUAGCUUAAGAAAAAACAUUUUUAUAUAAGAAUAUAAAAUACCUUACGAGCUGAGAGAAUACAAUAUAAGUGAAAAAAACAAAAUUAUUUAUACACAAAUUCUCUUUCUCUUCUUCUUGUUCUUCUCCUUCUCUGACAAAGUUAUGGGCGAACAGCAAAUCUCUGGUACAGUACCGCGUGACAGAACAGAUGAACAGGAUGAGAAGUAUCUGAUUUGGUACUCAGGACAGGAAGAGAGACAAUUGAGAUUGAGCUCGGUUAUAACGAUUGUUCGAGGACAGAUCACGCCAAACUUUCAAAAACAAGCUCAACCGGAUCGAAAGGAGCAGUCUUUUUCACUCAUCUAUGCAAAUGGAGAACACACUCUUGAUCUCAUAUGCAAAGAUAAAGCACAAGCAGACUCUUGGUUUAAAGGCCUUAGAGCCGUGAUAACAAAGCACCACAAUGCUAGAUCUUCGGCGAGUCUACGCACGAGCAGGGGAGCUCAAAGUUGUAUCAAUAGCCCCGCGGGUUUUCUCCGUAGGAAACAGAAUCUCGGACUUUUUGAAGAGACCCCUGACUUUACUCAGAUGCGCAGUUUAUGUGGAAGUCCAUCUACAUUACUUGAGGAACGGUGUUUAUCGAACGGCUUGUCAUGUUCUUCAGAUAGUUUCUACUCCGUUGAAUCAGCUGCUUCUGAUGGCUUUGGUCCAGUUUCUCCUUACUAUGAAACAGAUUACAAUCUCAGGAACCCAGAUUUUGACCGAACAAGUUCAGAGCUUUGCAAGCAUUCUUCUCAGAGGUUUCUUGCUUCUCCUCCUCCUACAAUCACAACUCAACCGAUUGCAAGAUCCAAUGUCCUCAAGGACAUAAUGAUUUGGGGAGCUACAGGUGGUCUUAUCGAAGGAUCAAAGAAUCAAAACGAUGCGUUAUCUCCUCAGCUUUUAGAAUCAGCCACCAUGUUUGAUGUUCAAAGUAUCUCUCUAGGCGCAAAGCACGCUGCUCUGGUUACAAGACAAGGUGAAGUGUUUUGUUGGGGCAAUGGAAACAGCGGUAAGCUUGGACUUAAAGCUAACAUUGACAUUGACCAUCCGAAACGCGUUGAAUCACUCGAGGGUAUUGCGGUUGGAUCAGUGGCUUGUUCGGAUCAUCAAACAUGUGCUGUGACUGAAUCCAGAGAGCUGUAUCUAUGGGGAAUAGACGGUGGAACCAUUGGAGAAUCAGGAAGACAGUUCUUAACUCGGAAAAUAUCCGAUGUUCUUGGAGGAUCUUUGAGUGUUUCUAGCGUCGCUUGUGGCGCGUGGCACACGGCGAUUGUGUGUACUUCAGGUCAGCUUUUCACUUACGGUAGCGGAACAUUCGGAGUUCUUGGUCAUGGGAGCCUUGAGAGUGUUGCUAAGCCGAAAGAAGUCGAGUCUUUAAGGCGAAUGAAGGUAAUAUCGGUUUCUUGUGGACCGUGGCACACGGCUGCAGUAGUGGAAACCACGAUAGACCGGAAAUACUACAAUGCCAAGAGCUCCGGGAAGCUGUUUACUUGGGGUGAUGGUGAUAAAGGACGGUUAGGACACGUGGAUAGCAAGAGAAAGCUCGUGCCAACUUGUGUUUCAGAGCUUCUUGAUCAAGAUUUCAUUAAGGUCUCUUGUGGAUGGACUUUAACGGUGGCCUUGAGCAUUCGGGGAACGGUUUACACGAUGGGAAGCUCGAUCCACGGGCAGUUAGGCUGUCCACGGGCUAAAGAUAAGUCGAUAAACACAGUGUUAGGAAACUUAACGAGGCAAUUCGUUAAGGAGAUUGCUUCAGGAUCACAUCAUGUAGCUGUGUUAACUUCUUUUGGUAAUGUUUAUACUUGGGGAAAAGGCGCGAACGGUCAACUUGGAUUAGGAGACGUAAGAGAUCGAAACUCGCCGGUUCUUGUUGAGUCUUUAGGUGAUAGAUUGGUGGAGAGUAUAGCUUGCGGUUUGAAUUUAACGGCUGCGAUAUGUUUGCACAAAGAGAUCUCUUUGACUGAUCAAACGGCUUGUAGUUCUUGCAAAUCAGCUUUUGGGUUCACGAGGAAGAAGCAUAACUGUUAUAACUGUGGUCUCUUGUUCUGCAACGCAUGUAGUAGCAAGAAAGCUGUGAAUGCUUCUUUGGCGCCGAACAAAAGCAAGCUUUCACGGGUUUGUGAUUCUUGCUACGAUCAUCUAUGGAGAAUAACAGAGUUUUCAAUGAAUGUUAAGAUGGAAGAUUAUACUCCAAAGUUGCAGAUGGUUACAAGAAGGGUAUCUGAUGAGUGGACAGAGAGUGAAACAGAGAAUCGGAUUCAGAAUCUUCCGCGAGAUAAUCGAUCGUCUUCAGAUGAACAGCCUCGAUGGGGACAAGUCUCUGUUCCUACUCUGUUUCAUUUCGAUAAAAUGUCACUUUCUUUGACAAGUCAUACGAAUCUAUCAGUCUCGUCAAGAAGACCAUCUUCUACAAAGAUUUCGACCUCUUCUGAGUCAAAUAAGAUCUUAAUCGAAGAAAUCGAAAGGCUAAAAGCCGAGAUUAGAAAUCUACAGAAGCAGUGUGAACUUGGUAAUGAGAAGAUAGAAGAAUGCCAAAGAGAGCUCGAGAAGACCUCUGAAGUCGCUAAAGAAGAAGCCGAGAAGUCUAAAGCCGCUAAAGAGAUCAUAAAAGCUAUGGCUUCUAAGCUUCAAAUGAAUAAGGAGAAACCGAGUAAUCCGAAAACCGGCAUUGCAUGCAACCCAUCUCAAGUUUCACCAAUCUUUGAUGAUUCAAUGUCUAUUCCAUAUCUCACACCAAUCACCACGGCUUGUUCACAAUCAGAAACCAAACAAGUUGAAGAAAAAUGUGUCAAGAACAACAUUAGGCUAUUAGUAGAUGCAUCUCCUGCUAUCACAAGAACAGGGCAUCUCCAAAACGGAACACAAGAAUCAACAGCAGAACAAGUGGAGCAAUACGAGCCUGGUGUAUAUAUAACUUUCACGGCCUUGCCUUGUGGUCAGAAGACGCUUAAACGCGUACGGUUUAGUCGAAAGAGGUUUUCAGAGAAGGAAGCACAAAGAUGGUGGGAGGAGAAGCAAGUUUUGGUUUAUAACAAGUAUGAUGCUGAAGCAUGAACUAACUUUGAAUGUAAUUUGUUUUUUUUUUGUCAAAAACUCUUGAAUGUACAAUUCAUUUUGAUGUUUAUAAGUGAUCAAAUAUAAUUCAGCUUAAAAUUAGAGCAGAGGUGGGGAUUUGGGGUUUGGUUUUCGGUUUGUUUAGUGUGAACUAUUUACUUGGUAUCUUUGAUCUUCUAACACAGGGAUGGAAAAUUUAGGUGUGUUUUGGUUUGGAAUUAUUAUUUUUUUUUUUUUGUCAACAGCUUCAUAUUUUUAAAAUGGAGAAUAUUUAUUUUGGAAUAAGUAAUAAUAGCC